UAGAGGAGGACGGGAGCAAUGUCAUGGAGGCCAGUGUCUGGCUGGUGGCUGUCCGUCGACCUGCUCCCUUGCUUCGUUACCUGACAGCGCUCCUCAGUGUUUCCAAAGCCGCGUCCACCGAUGGGUCGAGCCGCGAUCCUCUAGUGAGCUCCUCAAGCUCGCCACGCUCGGUUCCCACCACCACGUCGCCGACAAGAAGUGGAACCGAAUCCGGGAUCCGGUUGAUCGUCCGCGGAAUCCAUCCCGACGUGUCCUGGCCAAUCGGAAACGGAAGCUGUGCGUGUCGCGAGUACACGGUUUCCGAAGGGAAACGGCGGGUGAACGAAGAAGAACGACAUAUAUAUAUAUAUAUACAUAUAGAGAGAGAGAGAGUGUGAGAGAAGGGAAGAGAGAAGAGGAGCGGAGUGUAAGAGGGAGAUAGAAAGAGAGAAAGAGGGAGGAAAGUGACACGUUACGAUACGAUCGAUCCAACGACCAAAGUUAUAACGUGCGUUUAAAACGAACACGGGUCCGUAAACGCGAUCGGGACAAUGUGCUCGUGACAAGAGGGAGCGCUCUUUUCUCUUUCUCUCUCCCGUUCGUCACAGCCGAGCCGUUUUAAGUUUCUCGUGCACGUUCAUCGGUGAAAGAAAGAAAGAAAGCUAACUAGAUUCUUUCUCUUUCGACGACGACGACGACGAGGACGACGAGUGGCAAGCGAAGGAAGAAUAGGAAGAGGAAGAAGAAGAAGAAGAAGAAAAAGAAGAAGAGAAGAGGAAAGAGAAGGAAAAGAAGGAGGAGGAACGUGCAACAUCGAGCGAAGAAAGAUACACCCGAGGAGCCCGAGGAGGAAACGGAUAAAACGUGGGCGUUGAGUGAUUGUUGUCGGUGCUAGUUUCCAUUGGGAGUCAUGAGAGAUACCAGCGAUAUGAUGUCGGAGGACUCCUUGUCCGAGGACACGAUGAUGGACUGCGAGGGGGACGCAGGAGGGUUGGACGAGCUGGUCGAUCUCGCGACCGACGUCGCGGAUUCAUCCCCGACGAUUCGAGAUGCCGCGGAGAGGUUGCUGACGUUGUUGGGCGUGGACGAGGAGGGGGACGAGGAGAGCCUGGUGUCGUCUUCCUCCUCCUCGGAGGACGAGGGCGUGGAGUUGGACGGGGAGGAGGACGAGGAAGCGGAACGGGAGGGCGGCAGGCUGUUGCACCAGCUGGCCGCCACUUUGGCCAACGAGUUGAAGCAGUGCCGCGAGAGGCAGAGGGCAGCAACGACGACGGAUCCCGUCGUAGCGGCGGAUCACACUUGCCUUCGCUCGAAGGGGGGGGCGAGCGAUUGUCGCGACGCCGCGUCGCCCUUUAAACGGGAGAGGAGGCGGGAUGGGGAUGGGGAGUGCGCGGCGGCGGCGUCCGGCAAACGGCAGCGGCGACGGCCACCGCGCCGUCCCGACGCCCGUUCGAGGAUCGGGCAGGAGGGGGGCGUCGAGAGGACGGGGCAGGUACUCGCGUCGUCUUGGAACGCCGGCUGGGAUGCGUGCGCGACGGAGGCCGUCAGAUAUCUGGUGGAGGACGAGGGAUUGCCGCCUCAUCAUCCCACGGUGUUGGCAAUGAAGGACCAUCUGGAGGUGCAGAGGGAACGGGCCUUCCUUCGAUACGCCGCGUAAACCAGUCGCUCUAGAUUUUUAUCCGAGAGCUAUACCAGCUACUUCUUCUUACCCUCUCCUCUCCUUUUCUCACGAAAGGAGGAAUCCGCUUGCAGCGACGAAGGAGAGAGAUAAUCGCGAUCUGGGACGCGAUGGUUGGAAAGGAGACCGCGUUGCCCCGUUUUCGGAAGGUAUAUGCGCGAGGGGAGAGAGAGAGGGGGCAACCUCUUUAGCGAUGCUUCCCCAUGUGAAUCGAGAAAAAGAAAGAAAAAGAGGGAGGUAAUUUACAAGAGAGGAAACGAUUGUUGCGUAUGAUAAAAUUCGUUUGCCUUUUUUUUUCUUUUAAAAAAGAGGGAAAAUGCCUCGUUAACGUUCGAUCUCUCCUCCUCUAUUAGAGAUAUAUAGAAUGGUAGUUUCACGUUCACUUUUCACAAUCAUCUUGUCCACUGGUUUGCCUGUCGCGAUAGAAAGAAAAGGAAAGGAAAAUAUAAAAAGAGGAGGAGGAGAGGAGGAGGCAGCUCUUCCCAUUCGUGUUAAAAUGCAUUCAUGUUUGUUAAGCGGACGCUGUUUCACGAGAGAGAGAGAGAGGAGGACACCGGCGCUCGAUUCGUCGAGCGGAUUCCAAAACUUCCUCUCGGUAGCCGCGCUCUAAGAGAGGAGUGGCCGUUGUCGCUUCUCGUUCCGGCCAACGAGAGAGGAUAUUACCGCGUGAGAAUCAAAAGUGAGACCGCUCUUCCCCCUCCUCUCUCGUGAUAUUCUUUCCUUUCCUUUCUUCUCUCUCUCUCUCUCUCUCUUCAUUUUUCUCUCCCCACGCGUGACGAAGUACGUGUAUUAUUAAAAAUAGAGAUUCUAAAGGUUUCAAGAACAAAUUUUUAAACUAGUGGUUAAGACGCACUUGAAGAAAGAAGCACUGCUAACUAACCGUGUAAGCGUGUACGAAGAGUCGGGGAUUAGCGAGGAUUUUCGAAAUCGAUCCUUUCUUGUUCCUUUUUCUCCACCGAGAAAGAAAGGAAGAGAGAAAAGAUGGAAUCGUAUUAAUUGUGAUCCGUGACUCUUCUUCAGGUUCCUAUCCUAUUGAUGAUGAUACAGCAGAGGGAGGAUGAACUUAACAUCCAAUGGCGCGUCACGUAUCUUACGUAACGUAAGGUCACGUCGUUUAUUUUUUCGCGCUUCGCGAUUUCACCAAAUUCGUUAUGCGUAACGAUUAAUUUAAUUUUUUUUAUUUCGUACAACGAGUCGCUUUUUCUUUCUUUCUUUAGCGAUUUAGCGCUCGUUCCUUUUUUAUUUUUUUUUUAUUUUUCAUAUACUUAUUUUUCAUUAGCGUAUUUACCUAUAAUCGUUUUUUUUUUCUCUCUGAUAUGUUCGUUAUUUAUUGCGUAUCGCGUUAUUUAUUAGGUUAAGGAAAAAUUCCCCUCUCUCGAUCCAUUGGACGUUAGAUUCGACUCCGCGAGAAACGAAUGUCAAUAAACGAUGUCAAUACGAGGGGGAGGUUCAUACGCUGGAUCGAUAUGAACGAGAACAACGGGGGAGGGGGUUUAACCCCCUGUUACAGAGUUUCUUAAUCGAUAGUCGAGACGUUUUUUCAGAAAAAAAUCACAAAAAAAAAUGAAAAAAAAAAAAAACACUUACACAAGAGAGAGAAACCUGUAGAUUAUUUUAUCGCGCAACACUUUUUGCCUGUUCGAUCCUCCUCGCGCGAGAGGAGAAAUUCGAUCGAAAAGCGAGAAGAGACGCUCGUUUUGAGAUCGAAAAAACAACAAAAAAAAACAAAAAAAAAAACAAAAAGUAAAAAAAGAAAAAGUAAAUAUUCCUAGGGCAAACUCCUGUAGAUUAUUUUAAUCGCGUGACAAAUUCGUGCGAAUUGUUCGAACGUUGCAUCGCAUCUCGCCCCAGUUAAUCCUCUCGCAAUUUCUCACGUUUAUCAAGUGCCUCCGUUUCAAUCGCUCGUUAAUCUUAUCCUUAACUACAAAAAUCCUCGCUACCUUUUAAAUAGAGAGAGAGAGAGAGAGAGAGAGAACAAGAGGAAAAAAAGAAAGAGUCUACUCUUGGAGAAAGAGAAACGCGAUUAUGCCGUGCAAUGUUCGACCGAUUCGAAAAGAGGAAGAUGGUAUACGAGAAAUUUGGAUCCAAAUGUCGUCGAUGGAUUCAAACGCUAUUAGAUAAAUGUAUUUAUCGAUUGCGAGUCGAUACGAUUUUCUCUAAUAAAUGGAUCGUGCGUGGAGAACACGAGUCGACAUUCGGAUCGAUGAACGAGCGUGAUAAGAAUUAUACAUAUAUAAAUAUAUACAGAUCAUAGAGCGAUUUGCGAGUGAUUUUGGAUCGACGAUCGACCUCGAUCGCGGGUCACCCGCCAUCUCGACGUAAACAAUAAUUUUCCCUCUCCGUGCACGAGACGUGGCACAUGUUGGCCACUCGAACAGCAAACCCGGUUCGUCGACGAAGGAUCCUCGUCGAUUCCUUGUACAUAUGUAUGAUAUCGUAUCGUUUUAACUUAUACUACUUGUUACUUUUACAAUAAAUCAUUGUAGAUAAUCAUCAUUGACCAGUAAA